UCUCUCUCUCUCUCUCUCUCUCUCUCUCUCUAACCUGCUUUUCCAGAAACCUCCCAAUUUUUCUCUCUCUAGGGUUUCUCAGUCCAUUUCCACUUCCACACUCUGCUUCUGUUUCGCUUCACAGUCACCGAAUCCCUCUGCCUCUCCUCCUCUUUCAUCUCGUCAUCGCCAUGGCAGCUCCGGCGUUCUCCAUGCCAUCGUCGUCCUCGAAGACGGAGUCCUACGUCGACAACAAGCGCAAGGAGGACAUCCGCCAGGCCAACAUCGUCGCCGCGAGGACCGUAGCAGACGCCGUACGCACCAGCCUCGGCCCCAAGGGGAUGGACAAGAUGAUCUCCACCGCCAGCGGUGAGGUCAUCAUCACCAACGACGGGGCCACGAUCCUCAACAAGAUGGAGGUCCUGCAGCCCGCUGCGAAGAUGCUCGUUGAGCUCUCCAAGUCUCAGGAUUCUGCCGCCGGUGAUGGAACCACCACUGUCGUCGUCAUUGCCGGGGCACUCCUCAAGCAGUGCCUCUCCCUCCUCUCCGCCGGAAUUCAUCCCACGGUAAUCUCUGACUCACUUCACAAAGCCGCCAUUAAAGCUGUUGAUGUUCUGACUGCAAUGGCUGUCCCUGUCGAGCUGAGCGACCGUGAAUCGUUGAUCAAGUCUGCUAGCACUUCCCUUAACAGCAAAGUUGUGAGUCAGUACUCGACGCUUUUAGCUCCUCUAGCUGUUGAUGCAGUACUUUCUGUUGUGGAUCCUGCAAAGCCUGAUUUGGUCGAUCUGAGGGAUAUUAAGAUAGUGAAGAAGCUCGGCGGAACGGUCGAUGACACUGAGCUAGUUAAGGGCUUGGUGUUUGAUAAGAAGGUGAGCCAUGCUGCUGGUGGACCAACUCGUGUUGAAAAUGCUAAGAUUGCCGUGAUCCAGUUCCAGAUUUCCCCACCCAAGACUGACAUUGAGCAGAGCAUCGUGGUUUCUGACUAUACUCAGAUGGAUAGGAUAUUGAAAGAGGAGAGGAACUACAUCUUGGGUAUGAUUAAGAAGAUCAAGGCCACUGGGUGUAAUGUGCUGUUGAUUCAGAAGAGCAUUUUGAGGGAUGCUGUGACAGACCUAUCUCUGCAUUACCUUGCAAAGGCCAAGAUUUUAGUUGUUAAGGACGUGGAGCGUGAGGACAUUGAAUUUAUCACACAGACCUUGAAUUGCUUGCCCAUUGCAAAUAUUGAGCAUUUCCGUGCUGAGAAGUUGGGGUACGCGGAUCUUGUUGAGGAGUCAUCAUUGGGGGAUGGGAAGAUAGUGAAGAUCACAGGCAUUAAGGACAUGGGUAGGACGACAACUGUUCUUGUUCGGGGAUCAAACCAGCUGGUGAUUGAUGAGGCAGAGAGGAGCUUGCAUGAUGCUCUGUGUGUGGUUCGGUGUUUGGUCAGUAAGAGAUUCUUGAUUGCUGGUGGUGGGGCCCCAGAGAUUGAGCUGUCAAGGCAACUGGGUGCCUGGGCAAAGGUGCUGCAUGGGAUGGAGGGAUACUGUGUUCGGUCAUUUGCCGAGGCCCUCGAGGUUAUUCCUUAUACUCUUGCUGAGAAUGCAGGUUUAAACCCGAUAGCAAUCGUGACUGAGCUGAGGAAUAGGCAUGCACAAGGAGAGAUCAAUGCUGGCAUUAAUGUCAGGAAGGGACAGAUCACCAACAUCUUGGAGGAGAACGUAGUGCAGCCUCUCCUCGUGAGUACCAGCGCAAUCACAUUGGCUACAGAGUGCGUGCGUAUGAUUUUGAAGAUUGAUGAUAUUGUCACUGUGAGGUAGGCCUUACUUCGAGAGGAGAUUAUCUAGUCGAAGCUGAAGGAACCAUAUGUCUUUGUCGUUUACUGUCUCCUGUGUUAUUUUGAAUUGGCAAUGUAUGUGAUCAUUGGAUGGUUUGUGGCUCGGAAAUUUUGGAGUUGUCCUUAUGCAGUAUUUUGCUCUUGAAUCUGAAUGUUUACAAAGUUUUUAGAUUGUUCUUAGAUUAUUAACUCUGCAAUGCAUUCUUAUUCAUUUGCUG